AGGUUUUUGACAAAACUCAGAAAACCCUAGGCCUCUGUGAUAACGAGGGAGUAAAGAAAGAGCUAAUAGCUCAAAAAUGGUGCUGACAAUAUCAUCAAACUCUGUUCAAUUUCCCCAUACUACUUCUCUAAUUUCUCCACCCAAAAAUGGUUCUGUUCCACCUUCAAAUUUAUCAUUUUCUUUCCUCAGACAUGAAUCCAUCAGGUUUUCCAUAAAAUCUCGACUGGGUAAAAGGAUGGUCUGUGCUGCCGCUUCAGCUGCUGGAAGCUCUAGUUCCAGCGACGACUCAAAUCCUUAUGAGGUUCUGGGUGUAAGCCCUAUUGAGGGAUUUGACAUGGUUAAGGCAGCAUAUGCAAGAAGACGGAAGGAUGCCGAGCGGAGGGGUGAUGAAGCAGCUCUUGCUCAGUUGGAGAAGGCUUAUGACACAAUCAUGAUGUCACAGUUAACGAAAAGAAAGAAGGGUGUCACAUUUGGCUCGUUUAAGGUAUCUAAAGAGAUACGAUAUGCUGAUAAGCAGCCUAUUGUUCCAUGGGGUCCACGGUUCACCAAAUCUGAUGACAAAGAUAUGAAAAUCAACUUGGCAAUUUCAGCUGUAUUUAUAGCUUGGGUUUUUAUAAAGCGGAAUGCUGAGUGGAAGCCUUUACAGUUUCUGGCCUUCGUCUUUGUAUAUAGAAUAUUUGAGAAAUUAAAAGCAUUUGAGCCUCCAUCUCCCACUUUUACAGAGGAGGGCGAAGAUGAAGGACGGAUGUUGAGGAUGGGGAAAAGGCUGCUUCGUUCUCUUGCAUUGGUUUUUGGUUGUAUAGCCCUUGCAUCCUUGGGAUAUACUGGUCUGCUAAACCUGAUCGAGUAUGCUAAUGGUUUCAUACCUGUCUUUCUGUACAACAAUCAGGAAUUGCUUGUAACUGGAUUUACAGCCGUCGUGCUUCACAUCAUGGCAUCUUACUACAGAUAGUCCACCUUCUACACUUGUCGAAGAGAUACAGUUGCCUUGAGUUAGCUGUCAGAUUUUGUAAUUCUAUUUGUUUCAGAAAUUUGUCUGUUUUGUCUAUAGGAGUUACUAAUAUGUACAUUUGGUACUCAUCAUUGAAGAGAACCAACCGGCAGUUGUAAGAACGAACUAGUUUUGAGGAUUUUAGGUCCAUCAUCUUUCUUCUUCUUUACUUCUGACUUCUUAACUUUAUCUCCAAAAUGCAUCACAUGGCUCAAGGGAUACUGGAAUUUGCCUUUGAUUCUGCAGACGGAUGGUUAUUUCAAGAAUUUUACAUGCUAGCAUUUCAAUUA